CGGGGCUGCCGCCAUUUUCACCGCCGUCGCUGUCGCGCCUUUGCUCCGCACUUAAAGGGGCCGCGCCGCCUCUUUACGUUUUUUUAUUCAGUUUUCCGAGCGCCUCCGCUCCGUCCGGGUGGCCCCGAGACCCCCCGCCAGAAUCCACCGCCGCCAUGAGGGAGAUCGUCCACAUCCAGGCGGGCCAAUGCGGCAACCAGAUCGGCGCCAAGUUCUGGGAGGUGAUCAGUGACGAGCACGGCAUCGACCCCACGGGCACCUACCAUGGGGACAGCGACCUGCAGCUGGACCGCAUCAGCGUCUACUACAAUGAGGCCACAGGGGGUAAAUACGUGCCCAGGGCUAUCCUGGUGGACCUGGAGCCCGGCACGAUGGACUCCGUGCGCUCCGGCCCCUUCGGGCAGAUCUUCCGGCCUGACAACUUUGUCUUUGGCCAAAGCGGUGCUGGCAACAACUGGGCCAAGGGCCACUACACGGAGGGCGCCGAGCUGGUGGACUCGGUGCUGGACGUGGUGCGCAAGGAGGCCGAGAGCUGCGACUGCCUGCAGGGCUUCCAGCUGACCCAUUCCCUGGGCGGCGGCACCGGCUCGGGCAUGGGCACGCUGCUCAUCUCCAAGAUCCGCGAGGAGUACCCCGACCGCAUCAUGAACACCUUCAGCGUGGUGCCGUCCCCCAAGGUGUCGGACACGGUGGUGGAGCCCUACAACGCCACGCUGUCCGUGCACCAGCUGGUGGAGAACACGGACGAGACCUACUGCAUCGACAACGAGGCGCUCUACGACAUCUGCUUCCGCACGCUCAAGCUGACCACGCCCACCUACGGCGACCUCAACCACCUGGUGUCGGCCACCAUGAGCGGCGUCACCACCUGCCUGCGCUUCCCCGGCCAGCUCAACGCCGACCUGCGCAAGCUGGCCGUCAACAUGGUGCCCUUCCCGCGGCUGCACUUCUUCAUGCCCGGCUUCGCGCCGCUGACCUCGCGGGGCAGCCAGCAGUACCGCGCCCUCACCGUGCCCGAGCUCACCCAGCAGGUCUUCGACGCCAAGAACAUGAUGGCCGCCUGCGACCCGCGGCACGGCCGCUACCUGACGGUGGCCGCCGUCUUCCGCGGGCGCAUGUCCAUGAAGGAGGUGGACGAGCAGAUGCUGAACGUGCAGAACAAGAACAGCUCCUACUUCGUGGAGUGGAUCCCCAACAACGUGAAGACGGCCGUGUGCGACAUCCCGCCGCGCGGCCUCAAGAUGGCCGUCACCUUCAUCGGCAACAGCACGGCCAUCCAGGAGCUCUUCAAGCGCAUCUCCGAGCAGUUCACGGCCAUGUUCCGGCGCAAGGCCUUCCUGCACUGGUACACGGGCGAGGGCAUGGACGAGAUGGAGUUCACCGAGGCCGAGAGCAACAUGAACGACCUCGUGUCCGAGUACCAGCAGUACCAGGACGCCACGGCCGAGGAGGAGGAGGAUUUCGGCGAGGAGGCCGAAGAGGAGGCCUGAGUGGUUUCUCCAGAGGUCCUGGUCCUCGGCAGUGUUGCUCCUCCCUUUCCCGGUGUGUUGUCCCAGAGAGGCGUCAACCGGUGGGCGGCGCCUUCGGUGUCAUCGUCAUUGUCCUUCAUCAUCGUCAGUGUUGGCCCUGGUCAUCGGCGGCGGCAGCAGCAGAGUCCCCAGCUUUCAUCAUCAAUGAGUCCUUGGCCUUUGCCAUCCUUGAAGAGUCUCCAGUCUUGAUCAUGGUCAGAGCUUCUAACUUCUGUCGUCUUCAUCCUUGAAGAGUUCCCAACCUUCAUCAUCGUCUUUGAAGAGUCCCCAGCCUUCAGCAUUGUCCUCACAGUCCCCAACCUUCAUCAUGGCCAUUCUUGAAGAGUCUCCAGUCUUCAUCAUCAUUGAAGAGUCUCCAAUCCUGAUCCUGGUCAGAGCUUCCAGCUUCCAUCAUCAUUGAGGGACCCCAGGUUCAUCAUUGUCAAGGAGUUUCCAGCCUUCAUCAUCCUUGCUGUCCCCAGUCUUCAUCAUGAUCAUCGUCAAAGGCUCCCAACCUUCAUCCUCGAAGAAUCCCCCGAGUUCAUCAUCAUCCUCCUCGCAGAGCCUCCAGGAGCUCCUGGCCUUCAUCGUGGUCCUUGCAGAGUCUUCAGUCUUCAUCAUCCUCAGCCCUUGGUCUUCACUGGGGCUGCUCAGUUGGCCUUGACCUUCAUCAUAAUCAUCUUCAUCAUGGAAGAGCCUCCAAGAGUUUCUGACCUUCACUCUCAUCGUGGAAGAGUUGCUGACCUUCAUCAUCAUCGUGGAAGAUUCCUUGACCUUCAUCAGGGUUGGUCACAUGGCCUUGACCACCAUCAUCCUCAUCAUGGAAGAGCCUCCAAGAGCUCCUGACCUUCAGCCUCAUCCUGGAGGAGUUGCUGACUUUCAUCAUCAUCGUAUCACCUCCGCCCCUCCCCCGCUGCCACCACGGCCUCCUGUCCCCUCCCCCGCCCCACUCUGGCUCCAUUUUCCCCUUUCAGUUUUGUAAUUUUUCCUAAAUUUUGUUCGUUUUUCCCAGUUUUUUGUUUCUUUCCUUUUUUUGUCAUUUUUUUCCAGCUUUGGUCUUUUAUUCCACUUUUCCAAUUUUUGCUCUUUUUCCUGUGUUUUUGCUCACUCUCAGCCCAAUUCCAUUCCUUUUUCCCAGCUUUGGGGUCCUCUCCCAGUUUUUGGUUGAUUUUUCCCUGGUUUUGCUCAGUCAUUUUUUACCCAUUUUUCUCCAUUUUUGGUUCAUAUUCCUCAAUUUUUGUUCAUUUUUCCCCAAUUUUGUUCAUGUUUCCCCAUUUUUUAUGUGUUUUCCCCGUUCUUGUCCAUUUUCCCGUUUCCUCCCCGAUCCCGUCGCCGUUCCCGGUGUCCGGUCGCGCUCUCCCGUUUUUGGAUGUUUUUGUUUUUUUCCCGUUUCUUUCGUUUUUCAUAUUGAAAAGUCGCCCCCGGGUCCGGAAUAAACUCGGGAUGGAAAAGCCA